AUGCCAUCCGUCCGUCCUCUCACGCCUCCCAAAGGCUCCGACAUCACCUUCGGGGCCGUGGUCGAUGACGUCGAUCUUGAAAACCUGACCGACGAUUCUUGGAACACCAUUCACGACGCUCUAUAUAAACACCUGGUCGUCGUUGUCAAGAACCAGCACCACCUCACCCCGAAAGCGCAAUACCUCCUCACCCGCCGAUUCGAUCCGUCCGCCACCCAGUACGGCCAUGGCAAGACAGUAGACGCCACGCGAAGCGUACUCCAUCCCGACCUGAAAACAGUCCCCCACCAGCCUCAGGUGCAGAUCAUCGGACAUGGCCACGUUGAUUCAUACGAGGGUUUGACCAAUAUCAAGUUAAAACACCCGCAUCAUCGGACCUUCCACCGGGACCCGAUCCCCGACGAGGAGGACCAUGACUUUACUCGCUUCUACCGGUGGCAUAUCGACGCAGCCCUGUAUGACUUUUACCCUCCGCGAGUGACGACCCUGUUGGCUGUGAAGGUCCCCAAGGGGCGCAGACAGACGCUGCGGUACGAUGAUGGGUCGGGUGAAACUCUUGAUGUCCCCCUGGGCACGACGGCCUUCGUCAGCGGCGAGAAAAUGUUCGACAUGCUAUCUCCAGAAGACAAGGAGUUCGUAUUGAACAGUCGAAUUGAAUAUGCUCCUCACCCAUACAUUUGGAUGAGCUCUGCCCGCGCCCUCCCUACCGGUCUCGGCAUGUACUCCGAGGGCAAGGAGCUGCCACUGUCAGAACUACCCCCGAUUGAUGAAUCAAAGAUCCAGAUCCUGCCGAUGGUAUGGAAGAACCCUGUGACUGGAAAACCGGCCUUACAAAUCCAUCCCUCCGCCGUGCGCAAAAUCCACUGCAAGGAUGGGACGGUCAUCGACGACCUGGCCAAGGUCCGUGAGAUUGUGUACAAGCUCCAGCGGCCUGCCAUCCGGCCCCAGUAUGUCUAUCCGCAUGACUGGGAAGAGGGCGAUCUGGUGCUGUUCCAUAAUCGGGGUGUUCUGCAUUCUGUGGUUGGGGCUUUUGGAGAUGACGAGGUACGGCUGUUCCGGCAGUGUAACCUGGCUGCUGGAGAGGCGCCGUUGGAAUAUAAUGUGUAA